CACGCGUGACGUCACGGCAGCAGCAACGUCACACCUGGAGGACGCAGCACCGCUGCUGCUGAAGGCCUCACACGAUCCGACACAAAAUGAAUUCGAAAAGAGGAGAGUCACUGUAAAGCUUCCUGAAAGAGACCUGUUAUGUCCGGUCCCACCUGGCUUCCACCAAGGACUGUGGACAGCCCGGAACGAACCUUCCCCCAGAUGUCCCACUCCUCGGGUUCAGCAAUCUACCGAGCCCCCAUCAAGAAGGGCACACCUGAUUUCCGGCAGAAUUACGGCCACUAUGAUCAGAAUGGAGGAGGGGGGAUAGCUAACAGGUACAUGGCUACCGGACCCACAGGUGGGCCUGGACAACAUAUAUCUGGUGAUCACUAUUACCCCCCUCCACAUGGAUCCAAAGAGGAACGUAACUGGAGCCCUCACUUGGACAAUUAUGAGCUGAUGCACCGUGAUCCUGAAAAGCCAGCAAGCCAUCACUCCAAGAUUGAUGCAGAUAUCGAGUCCCUCACCAGCAUGCUCGCUGAUUUGGACAGCCACCCGCCUGACUCCAGUGCACAGCUGUAUGACAACGUGCCUUACAGCAAGUACCUCUCAGCAGAUCACUACAAGCCUGCACCCGCUCCUCAUGGUCGACCGUGUAUGGGCUACCCCCCUCAUCCACACAACCAGUACCACCCAACAAGCUCCUACCCCAGCGAGAACCAGACCACUCAGUACCCCACUACCCACCAGCAGGACUACUACUCCUCCUCUUCGACCCCUAAACCCUACCCGCAGCCUGUGCCCGCCUCCUACACCACAGCAUCAACUCCUACUGGGCCCAGGUUCAGCGUCCAGGUCAAGACAGCUCAGCCAGUCACGUACUCGCAGACCGGAAGGCAGGCAGAACAGGCUUAUACCCCGCCCCCUCCUCGCCAGCAUGUGUCACAACCCCCACCCCAGAAUCAGACAGGCCCGCAGGGUUGGUACCCUCCACAUCUUAGCAUCCAAACUCAGGAAAUGCACUCUGAGGUUGCGUACAAGGGGAGCGCUUCAGGAUCUGGAGGGCGAGCCAACCAAGCGCCACUGUCCAAAAGAGGGACAGAAAGUAAUCAAACGGGGUCUGGGUCCACACAGAGUCCCGCUUAUCAACCUAGCAAGACGGUAGCAACAGCUCGUCCAGAGGAGGAGCUGGAUCGACUUACCAAGAAGCUGGUAUAUGAUAUGAACCACCCCCCUGCAGAAGACUAUUUUGGUCGCUGUGCCCGCUGUGGUGACAAUGUGGUCGGCGACGGCAGCGGUUGUAUCGCCAUGGAGCAGGUUUUCCAUGUGGAGUGUUUCACAUGCAUCACCUGCCACGCCCGCCUCCGAGGACAACCCUUCUACGCCUUGGACAAGAAGAGUUACUGUGAGAGCUGUUACAUCAGUACUCUGGAGCGUUGCUCGAAGUGCUCCAAGCCCAUCCUGGACCGUAUCCUGCGGGCGAUGGGGAAAGCGUACCACCCUCGCUGUUUCACCUGCGUGGUUUGUAACUGCUGUUUGGACGGCGUUCCCUUCACCGUGGAUGCCACUUCUCAGAUACACUGCAUAGAAGACUUCCAUCGGAAGUACGCCCCCCGUUGCUCGGUGUGCAGCGAUCCCAUCAUGCCUGAACCGGGUCAGGAAGAGACGGUCAGGAUAGUCGCUCUUGACCGCAGCUUCCAUGUCAACUGUUAUGUCUGUGAGGAAUGCGGUCUGUUGCUGUCAUCUGAAGGCGAGGGCCGUGGCUGUUACCCGCUCGACGGACACAUCUUGUGCAAAAGCUGCAGCGCUCGGCGCAUCCAAGACCUCUCGGCCAAAAUCUCCACCGACUGCUAACGACCUGCUGUUUUGUCACCGUCUGUUUUUCAGCUUUCAGGAUUCAUGUGAGGAAUAUUCAGCAUCGCGUAAACAAUCCAAAAUGACUGAAAUUACCAAAAAAGUGGUCUUGUGCUCCUUAAUUGGUUUAUCUGAAGGGCUUUUAGUGGUUUUGUAAUUGCUACAGUGCCCUCUGCUGGUAUACACGUGCAUUUGCAGGAGAACAUGGAACUUUACUGGAGAAACAACUGCAGAUUUCUGUUUUUAUUCACCGUUAUUAAUAUUUUCCACACUGUAACCUUUAUUCUCCACAUUUCAUCCAGUGUUGUAUAACUGAGGCCUGACCUGCAGGCAGCUUGGGCUCCACUUAACACCCAUUCUUGCACAUAAUCAUUAUUAUCGGUGAUAAUGAAGGGAAGUUUUUUUUUUUUUUUUCUUCUUCUUUUUCAGAAACGAUGCACAAAUGAAAAUAUUGUAGCUUUUCUGCUUUGUGUACUUUCAACACAACAAGAACUAUACAUUUGUAAAAGUAUUGAAUUAAAUGUCUCAAAAGUUUGACAAAAAGCACACAAUGCUC